CUGGCUAGUACUUAUAUGGUAUAUAUCAAUUCUUUCGUUUUUAGGUUUAAAAUCAUACUCCGUAUAUCUCCUCUACUAUGAUACUAUUUACUCCGUAUAUAUUUUCUUUCACUCUGCAGUAUAAGCAGUAUACAUACUCCUCUUUAGAAGAUGACUGAAGUACUUGUGAGGAUGAAGUGGAGAUAAUACUUUGAUUUUAAGAUAAGUUGAUAAAUUCAUGAAAAAAUAUACCUGCUGGGAAGAUGAUGAUUUCGGGGAUGUGGAGCAAAUUCGUGCUGAUAACGUGUUAUAAUAUGGAAGGAAAUAAGCAGAAGAUCAGGGAGAGAAAUAUAGUAUGAACACUUAGUGAUAGAUUAUAUUAUUGAGAGUGUGAUAAUGGUGUAACCAUGGUGUGUUAAUUACAAUGGAGAAGCCUCCUAUUUAUAGGAGAAAAACUAAGCUUCAUAGGAUUAGAGGAUAAUUGUGAACCACACAAUUAUCAUCUAGAAUCAUAAUUAUGAUUUCCUGAUUAUUUAUAUAAUGGUGAUAAUAAUUCCUAAUCAGGAAUAGUUGGAAGAUGACUAAUUCAAUAAUAUUUCAACAAGAACGAACUUCUUGACAUUAAUAUUUUGUGCCAAAACGACGGAGUAUUUCGUCUUUCCGUCACCUCAUGGUUUGAUUCCGUGUACCGAAUCCUCUCUCUCCGAAAGUGGCGACUUUCUCUAUCAUCUGUCCGUCGUUGGAACCGCAUUGAAGGAGUGAGAGGCGGGAGAGAGAGAGCUAUGGUGAGUAAAUAAAUGAGUAACGUGGCGUAGCAAAAUGCCGGAGGGGAAACACCUGGUGCUAUCAGAAGCAGCUUUCAAAGGAAAUUCAAUGGAAAACCCUAAUAACUCUGAGUCUGCGCAGGAACGGCAUGCUCUUCCUACUAACGAAAUAUCCUCGACUAGUAGGGAGGAAGGAGAGCUCAGCACAUCCGACGACGACGACGAAAACCAACCUCACUGCUCAACUUCUCAAUUCACUGGUGUGAAUGCAGCUGAACUGAAGCCCUUGGAAGUUGAAUUGGUUAAAGAUGCACAUGAUAUUGAGGCUGGAAGGUGUGCGUCUUCUAACACAUUGGCGAAAUUAAGUUCACAAGCAUCUCAAGAGUCAAAAAUUCAUAAAAGUUCUGAUAAGAAUCGAGGCUCGUUUGUGCCAUUCCUGAUAAGUUUUUCAGAUGAUGAAAGUGGCAGUGACCCAGAGGGCACUGCACAGAAAAACACAUUGAUAAGGGAAAACAGGUGCUUAUCUGUAAAUACAAGUAGCAAACUCCCACAAGCAGAUUCAGCUGUACGUAGACCACUCAAACUAGGAAAAGUAAUUAAAAAUGAGGCUAGAGUGAUGAAAAAGUUGCCCCUUACUCACCAGUUUGUGUCUUCAUCUCAUAAAAACAGUACUGCUAUGGCUAGAAGGGGUGGAUUGACUUUAAACGUCCGAAAUAAUAACAAUUUUAAACAGACAAAUGGUCCAUCUCUUUUGCGUAAAACAAAUACCGCAUUGAAUAAUAGUAAACUACAAGAUUUACGCCAAUUGAUUGCUAUUCGGGAGAACGAAUUGAAGCUUAAGGGUACUCAGCAAGCGAAGAGUUUCAGUUCAACUGAAUGUAAGGAUCUCAGUGUUAUGGGUACAUGCAUUAGCAUGAGAGGUUUCUCCGGAUCCACUGGUGCAGAAAACAUGCCCCACGAGUCAAAAGAACCUACCAAAAAGCUCCAAAAGAUUGAUGAAAAUCAUUCAAGCCAGAUGGUUCGGAAUUCUCAAGUCACAGAUACACUAUUAUCAUCAGAAAAAUCUGUGUUAGAAAAUUGUGGUCAACCUGGUCUUGGUGGUCAAAGCAGUCAUAGUGAAAUGUUUGAAAGACCUCAUGCAGGCCUUGCUAUACACCAUGAGAAUGAAAAUCAGGGUUCUAUGUAUUUGACAAAAUUAGCUACUGGUAGGAAGGCAGGUACUGAUUUAUUGACAAGUCAAAGUGGCCGGAAAACAAACAUGAGGGACUGUAUGAUUACAUCAGCACAAGCUGCAGUUGCUCAUGAUUCAAAGGAAGUGGAGUUGAAGGGUCCAACUAAGCAUAGUCAUCAAUUCAUCCCUGGCCCUGGGCAAGCUGGUAGGAGUUGUACAGGAAGAAGCUCUAGUGAUCCAGUUGCACUUGAUGAUCAACCACAUCCACAUGUCACACAGAAUGUAAACCAGGAACCCCUGAAUAUUCAACAAGUUCCGCACAACUUCAGAAAAUUAGACAUGUCUAGGAAUAGUGGCAUGGAUUUGCAAUCGUUGUUGGACACUGAGGAAUUACAUGAUAAGCAGCUUGAGGAGGCCCAGGAAUAUCGGCGCAAGUGUGAAAUUGAAGAAAGAAAUGCUCUCAAUUCCUAUAGAAAGGCUCAGAAGGCCUUGAUUGAGGCAAACGCUAGAUGUUCUGCUCUAUUUAGUAAAAGAGAGAUAUACUCAGCGCAGCUUCGACGUCUUAUGAUAGAGAAUCCAGUCUAUACUAAUACGUUGUUCCCUCUUGGAUCUCACCUCGAAACUGUUUUGAACCCCUCAACCAAUUACGGUGCUAAUAGGCAUUUAAUGCUCUCUUCAUGUUGUCCUGCACAGCUUGAUUGUGAUGGCCGCGAUCAUCAAAUGCGUGAUGCAGAGUUCCAUUCUGCUUUUGAGGCCAUGCAAAAUGCAUCAGACAUGCAUGUUGAUGAUAGGGAAAAAUUGACUUCUGAGCCUUUUAGUGAGCCUGAUGUUAGUACGUCUGAGCUUAAUAAGGUCAAUCACAAAGCAAGUGGUGUCUGCUUGCAAGCUGAUGACGUCAGUAUGUCUGCGGAGGAGGAAGAUGGGUUGCUUCAAAGGUCCCCUCAGAACAGCUCCGAAUAUCAAGGGGAGGGGGCAUUUGGGGUGGUCCAGGAAAAGGAGGCAAACGACGUACCAGGAAGGCAGUUAGCAAUGGAUAGUUCUCGGGAUACUUUGUUACUUGAAGCGUCUUUGAGAUCUCAGCUCUUUGAGAGGUUAAAAAUGAAAGCUUUGCCUAAGAAAGUAGAGGAAAGCCCGAAUGUGGAGACUAUCACUGAGAGUAUGUUAGAAGCGGAUGAUUUCGGAAGAAGGAUGGGAUUGAGUUCAGGCAACAUAUCAUCAUCUGAUGUUGAGAAAGAAAAGGCUUCUGACUUCCCUGUAUCUUCUGAUAAAGCAGAUAUAGAGUAUGACACCCCUGUUGAGAUAAAUGAUCGUUGCAAUAAUGAUACAUUUGGAUCCAAUUUUUCCUCUAUGUUGUCCACUAGUCAUUUGAGCAGUUGCAUGUCCAUAGAUGAGCAGCACUCACAAUCAUCAAAUUUCGCCACCUUCUCUCUUCCUGCUUUCAGGAGUGCAUUUUCUCACCUUAAGCAUUCUGAUACCACUAAUUUUGGCAAACCACAGAUUAGAGGUGUGAAUAUUCAAGCUUCUCAUGUUAAUAAUGCAAAUGAUGAUGAGACCACGGGGAAUACUUUCAGAGUAGAUGAGUAUGCUUCACUGGAUCUAUAUUCCAACAAGAAUGGUUCUUAUUCCUGCAAAUUUGCUAUUGAUCCACUUUGGCCGCUUUGCAUGUAUGAACUCCGGGGGAAAUGCAACGACAUAGAAUGUACUUGGCAACAUAUUAGGGACUACUCUUCUGAAGCUAAAAAAAGCACUACCUGCAACAACAGGGAUUUGAAGGACGAGUCAACAAUUGGAAGAGGAAAAUCCGCUUUCACUAAUGCACUCACCAUGUCAAAUGUCUCUGCUCCCCCAACUUAUCUAGUUGGUUUUGAUGUUACCAAAGUUGAUUUACAGACAUAUAAAUCUGCUGUUGCUCAAAAGAAGUGUUUCAGUGGUUUCUUGGUUCUUUCAAGUCUACUUCUAACUGACCUGAUUUCAAAAGAGCCAUUUCUGUAUGGCUCUGAAGCUCAUGUUGAGGUCCAUGGGGGUUGGAACAGGCAAUUACUCUAUUUCCAGAGCAGAAAUGGAACAUCGAUUGAAGGUGGCCACCGAUUUUCAGAUGAUGAUCAAUCCAUAGAAUUGGCUCUUUUGAGUCUCUGUCAAGAGGGUAGUAAAAGCAAAGGCCGAAUUGAGGCUCUGAAAGUGCUUGCUCGUGCUCUGGAAGCUUAUCCUACUUCAGCAGCUCUGUGGAUUGUUUACUUGUUGAUUUAUUAUAGCAAUCAAAAGUGCAUUGGGAAGGAUGACAUGUUCAAACAUGCGGUUGAACAUAGCAAAGAAUCAUAUGAACUGUGGGUGUUAUAUAUUAAUAGCCGUGAAACACUUGAUGAGCGGUUAACUGCAUAUGAUGCUGCAAUAUCUUCACUUUGCCAAAACAUUUCAAAAAGAGAUGCCUUUGCCAGCGAAUGCAUCCUUGACCUCACUCUCCAGAUGAUGAAUUUUCUGGCCAUGUCUGGAAACAUUGGAAAAGCCAUUGAGAAGAUCAAUGAUCUCUUCUCCACAACAAACAUACCUAACAACCCACAUAAUAACCUGUUCUUCCCUGACAUAAUCCCUCGCUUAACCAUUUCUGAUAAAUGCAUUUUCUGGGUUUGCUGUGUAUACAUCGUCGUGUAUAGGAGAUUACCAGAUUCCAUAGCCAACCAGCUUGAAUCCCAGAAAGAGCUUUCUUCCAUAGAGUGGCCGCCUACCCAGUUAACUACUGACGAGAAGCAGCAAGUGGUCUCCCUGAUGGAAUUAGCUGUAGAUUCACUAGUGUUGCAUAUCGAUAGAGAGUCUCUUGAGGAUGAAUUAAAUCUAAGUGCGGCACACUUAUUUGCUCUGAAUCAUGUCAAGUUCGUUGCCGUUCUUGAAGGGAUAGACUGUGGCAGGAAUCUUCUGGAGCGAUACAAGAAGCUUUACCCAUCUUCUUUAGAACUUGCUCUAAUGUCAGCUAGGGUAGAACACGAGUUUCAGGAUUCGAGGAGUUAUGAAGGGUUUGAAGAAGCUUUGGGUAACUGGAUUGAUGAGGUUCCUGGGGUUCAGUGCGUUUGGAACCAGUACGCAGAAUGUGUGUUCCGAGACGGGAGAUUGGAUAUCGUGAAGGAAUUAAUUGAUAGAUGGUUCCGGUCGAAUGAUUUGCCUGAAUCGGGUUCAAUCUCGGAUGUUAGUUCUUGGCUUUCCAGUUUUACCCAAACUGAUGUUGUGUUUGGUUUACUCAAUUAUGCUAUCUAUAAGCUACUAAUGAAAAAUGAUCCAACUGAGGCUCGUGUGGCUUUGAAUAAAGCGUUGGAUGCCGCUGAUAAUACCGAGUGUUACAAUCACUGUGUUAGGGAGCUUAUUAUGUUCCUGAUAACAUCAGCAGACAGAAGCGCUUUACAAGUUGUGAAAGGCUACCUGUUUGAUACCCGUGCUUCUUCGCCCGUGUCUGACCCAUUGACCCGAAACUUCAUCCGAAACUUGAAGAAGCCUAGACUCCGGCAGCUGGCAGGAAAACUGCUGAGUCCCAUUCCAUCAGACCCUACACUGGUGAAUUCUAUCCUUAAAGCGUGGUUUGGCCCGUCUCUCUUACCACGCACAACCGAUAAAUUGACUGAUAUGGUUGACUUUGUCGAGAGCUUGAUGGAAAUUCUCCCAUCUAACUAUCCUCUAGCGAUUUCCGUCAGCAAGUGGGUAAGCAGCCGAAAGGCUUCCUUUUCCGCCAGUGUCUCUUUCUGGGCAGGCUCUCUCUUGUCAAAUGCACUCUUUCAAGCAGUCCCUGUUGCACCAGAGUAUGUAUGGGCAGAAGCUGCGAGUCUUCUGAUUUGCCUGAUGAACUGUGAGGAGAUAUGCAUUAGUUUUCAUAGGAGUGCAUUGUCGAUAUAUCCAUUUUCAAUCAAGCUAUGGAAAUCUUAUGCGGGUCUAUCUACAUCUACUGGAGAGUUGGCAAAAGAAGCCGCAAAAGAGAAAGGUAUUCCCCUGGAUGAAUUUCUCCGUGUUUGAUAGAGAAUAUUAAAGUAGGAAGCAAAUUUUGAUGUAUGCACGAUGGAUCCAAAUUUGUACAAACAGGAAACUGGCAUAGUUAGCAACAUUUGUCAACGAACAUGGAAGUUGAAAUUACAACUUUAAAGAAACUGACAAAUCAAUCCAGAUGUCACUAUACUCACCUCCACAAGAGUAAUGUGGGUGCGCUGUUAUAAGGUGCUGUUCAAUAUAAAGUUUUUCAUUGAAAAAUACGAAUUUUUCAAUUUUAAUUCUUCAGAGUGCGUAUGUUCAAACACUGGACUUUUGGCCAUUUUUGGAUUUUUGGUAUUCACAGAUCAAGUCUAAUCUAUUGAAGGGGUCAUCCUCAGGUUUCAUUGAAGGGGUCACCCUCAGGUUUCAUUUGAACUUGUCUCUCGGGUGGGGUUAAAUGGUUAAUCUCUAAUGAGAACACUCGUCUAUAAAAGAAGUGACAAACUAUCUUCCAUCUGUCCCAUGAUUCCAUGAAAAACGUUUUUAUCUGGACUUGGCAAAAAGAUGAAGAAAGUGGAAUUGUGUGAUUGUCCACGAAAGAGAGAAAUAACAUGAACUAUAUAUUCUUUGCCGUAAAAGCAUAUAAAUGAAAUUUAUUUUGGGAUGCAGGCUUUGUUUGGCCGGCAAAAGUCCAUGUCUUCUAGCUUUUGUAUUAUUUAAAAAGUCUUUAAAAGCUCCUAGUUGUAUGUUUGGUAUGACAAAUUUAAGAGCUUCUCAAAAAAUAAAAAGCUCUUUUUUGAGAUGUUACAUGGAGUAACAUCUGAAAAAAGUCUGUGGCUUUUAGCAUUAAUUAGCCCCAACAGCUUCUAUACCAAACAGAACUAAACCAAACAGUCAGCUUUUUAUCAAACAGAUACUACCUUUUACUUUUAAGAUCUUUUCAGUCACUAAAAGCUAACAGUUACUAAAAAGUCUGUAAAAGUAUCUUUUCAGCUAGUUGUGCCAAACAUACCCGUAGUACUACUUUCUUUCAUUACUGGAACAAAAUCGACUUUAAUUUAUAAAUUAACUGAACACAAUGAAAAAAAAAUUGAAGUCCAAGUUAAGUCGUAUUGAGAACUAUAUAGUACCUCCAUCCCUCUUAAGAUUGAUAUUAAUUGAUAAAGUAAGAAUAAAGUUAGAAUGAUUUGAGCCACACAAAUUUUAUCAAAUAUGGUAUGAGACAAUUUUAGUGAGAUUUUCCAAAAAGGUAAACCGGGACAAUAUAAGGGGAC